CAUCUUUCUCUCCCCAUACACACUCGAUGAGAAUAUAAUUCUAACCUAUAAGAAGAUAUUACAAUAGAACUACUUUCUCAUUGGUCGAUCUUCCCAUUGGAUUUAAUAUGAUAGGUUAAUUUUCCUCAUCUUCUUUAUCAUCCUCAUCCUCGGAAGAUAAACUGUUUCCUCUCUUCCCGUAAAUUCAUCUUUUGAUUUUUCAUCUUUUUAAUCCAAGAUUGAAAAUCUUUUUCUAAAAUCAGUGGAUUGACUUUUCUUUCUUCAUCUAAUUGUUUCAUCUUCUCGUCGAUUCAAUAAUCUUAAUCGUCUUCGAAUUUCAAGUUCAUUCCAUUCAAAUUCGUGACUUCGCUGAAUUUUCACAGUCUCACAUUGUAUUUAAAUGUCGUUUCUUUCAACAACUUUCAUUUCACAUCUUAAGUGACAAAGUGAAUCAACUCAAGUUACGAUCAAAUUGGUUGUCAAAAUGAUCGGAAGUGGACUGACCUCGAUUAAGCAUCGUAAAGAUAAACAAUUAACAGAAAAAUCAACAACAUUAUUCAAAGAAAUGCCCAAAGAUUCAUUGAGUAGCCUUAAAAUAAUCAAAAUCGAAACAUCAACUUUAAAUGAGACAUUUUCGAAAAGUUUAACCAAAAAAUUUUCAUCAAAUUCACCAAAAUCAACCUCACUAUCCUCAUCACCUUCGACCUCACCCCAACCCAGUACAGUAAUAACAUCCAUCCAGGUAUCACCUAAUGAUCACCACAAUCAACGAUCUCAGUGCUAUAUUACUACUUACACACCAUAUCGAGAUCUAAUCAGGACCAAUGUGAUCAAUAUGGAGUCACCUUUAGAUACAACAACAACAACACCGAAAAGGUCAAUUAAAUGUUCACCCACCGGGGAACAAAGUGUCACCUCAAUAUCUUCAUCUUCACCAUCACCUUCCCUGAUUGGGACAGUUUCCUCUUCAUCUUCAGGUGUAACUAAAACCUCGAGAAACGGACGUUCGGGAAGUAAGAAAAAUGGCCGAUGGACAUUUACCAAUUGUCGAGAGCGACAAAGACAACAGAAUGUAAAUGAAGCGUUUCAAGAAUUACGAGCUAAGAUCCCGACACAGCCUGUGGACAAGAAAUUGUCGAAAUGUUCAAUAUUAACUCGAGCCAUUGAGUAUAUAAAAUUGUUAAAUGGAAUCCUGGAAAAGAUGGAUGAUGAUGAGGAAGAUGAAGAUGAAGAUAAUGAUCAAGAUGAAAAUUGUGCUUUUUCAGGGAUUAGAAAACGAUCUCGAUAUUGUUCAUCAAAUGAAGUUGCAGUUAAUUCAGUUCAUUGUAAAUCAUCCUCUCGAAAUUCAGUAAUUACUUCAUCUUCAUCAUCUUCAAUCCAUGAUUAUGAGAGUGAUGGUGCUGGUGGGGGCGAGGAAAUGUUAGAAGAUGAAGUGGACGAAAAGGAAGAUAAAAGUUCUAAUAACCAUCGAACUCGAAAAAAGAAAGAGAAAAAAGUUUCAUCUCGAAUCUCAUCUUGUUCAUCUAAUAACAACCGUCCAUUGGAAACCAAUGUUUCAAUCACUCGAGUCAAUACAAACUUAAAAGGCUCACAAACUUUUAACCAAAUCAACGAAAGACUUAAUUGUUCACCGAUUGUAACAAGAUCUUCAACAAUUAACCGUCGACAGCGAUCAUUUUGCCAAGAAAAUCUUUGCGAUGGAUUAAGUCAAGAUUCACAGGAAACCUUAAGAUCAUCUGAAGAUAAGAUGAUAAUGGAUGAUGUUAGUAUUGUAUCUUACGAAUUUGAUUCAUCCGGUGAGCAAAGUAUUUCGUCAACAGUUAGCAGUCCAUCUGAUUCAGAUUAGAACAUUUUAGAACAAAAAGAACAAAAAAUAUUCUUUUCUUUUCUUCUCAUUCUCCAUCUUCAUCCUCGUCCUUAUCUCCAUCAUCAUCAUCUCUCUCUCUCUCUCUCUCUCUUUCUAUUGGUUCUAAUAAUCAAUUAGUAAUUUCUUGAGAAAGAGAUUAAAUUGUCAUAACAAUUUAGAAUCGAUAUUGUGACAGGUCAAUCAACUGUUAACAGUUAAUUAGUCUUUACGAUUAACUAAAUGUGACAAUUUACUUUGGGUGUAAACACAAUUAACGAAUCACUAAUUGUAUCAUAUUCUUAAUGUAAAAGAUUGUAUCAACUUCUUGAUUGUCUUUGUAUUAAAUAUCUAGUGAUUGAAGAAAAUUGUUCACUAAUUAACAGCAAUUAAAGGCAAUUAUUUUAAUCAUCUUAAUCUAUCAAUUGAUU